AAAAAUGUCCCAAAAACCACCAAUUUCAAGACCCGCGCUUUCUCGGCCCACCCCGCCCUUUUUCAUCUCUGUACUCCCAUUCCUGAUCUCUACACAGCCAGACCGGAGUGAAAAACAAAAAGGAAAUCAAAGUUAAAAUUGAAGUUCCAAUGAAGCGCGUCUUCGAGGAAAUCUCAGACGAAGAAUGGGAGAAUCACUCUUUCAAGCCUUCUCGUGUUUUAAGGAAAAACCCUGACCACCCUCCUCCAAUUGAAUCUUUCGCUUUCAAUUCCCUAGCUCAGCCUACUCUUUCCGACCAAAGCAGCGACGAUUGCGUCGAGGUACAACAUUUGGACGGUGAUUCCAACUUGGAAGACUACGAUGUUGAGCCCGAUGAUACCGGCCCGGUCAACCGUGCCCGUCGAUUCAUCGUUGACGACGACGACGACGAAGGAGAUGAUGAUGACGAUGUAAAUGACGGCGAUGAGAAUGGUUUCGAGGAGGUGUAUGAUGUUGAGUCGAGUGAAGAGGAAUUGCAAGAGGAUGAUGUGGUGGGGAAGGCGUUGCAGAAGUGUGCGAAAAUAUCGGCGGAGUUACGGAAGGAGCUGUACGGGAGUUCCGGUGCCUCUUGCGAACGAUACGCCGAAGUAGAAGCUUCAUCUGUGAGAAUCGUUACGCAGAAUGAUAUUGAUAUAGCAUGUGGGGUGGUGGAUUCGAAUUUCCAGCCAAUUCUCAAGCCAUAUCAACUGGUUGGUGUAAAUUUUCUUCUUCUGUUGCAUCAGCAGGGUAUUGGUGGAGCUAUAUUGGCAGAUGAGAUGGGUCUUGGGAAAACCAUUCAGGCUAUUACAUAUCUGACUUUGCUGAAUCAUCUGAAAAAUGAUCCUGGUCCUCAUUUAAUAGUUUGCCCUGCAUCACUUUUGGAAAACUGGGAAAGAGAACUUAAGAAGUGGUGCCCCUCAUUUUCCGUACUACAAUAUCAUGGUGCUGGACGAGCAGCUUACUCAAAAGAGUUGAGUUCUUUGUCCAAAGCUGGAUUACCACCUCCAUUUAAUGUUCUUCUUGUGUGUUAUUCACUUUUUGAAAGACACAGUGUGCAGCAGAAGGAUGAUCGGAAAAUUUUGAAACGUUGGCAUUGGAGUUGUGUUCUAAUGGAUGAGGCCCAUGCUUUGAAGGACAAGAACAGCUAUAGGUGGAAAAAUUUAAUGUCAGUUGCUCGAAAUGCAAAGCAGCGUCUUAUGCUAACAGGAACACGCUUGUUUUUCUUGCAGGAGCUGUGGUCUAUGCUAGAGUUCAUGAUGCCUGACCUUUUUGCCACUGAGGAUGUAGACUUGAAGAAGCUACUAAAUGCAGAAGAUAGGGAGUUAAUUGGCCGUAUGAAGUCCAUUUUGGGACCAUUCAUCUUGAGGCGUUUGAAAUCAGAUGUGAUGCAGCAGCUUGUCCCAAAGAUACAACAGGUUCAAUAUGUAAUCAUGGAAAAGCAACAAGAAAAUGCUUAUAGGGAAGCUAUAGAAGAGUAUCGUACAAUUUCACGAGCACAAAUUGCUAAGUUAUCAGAAUCUGACUUGAAUAAUAUCGUUGGAAUUAUUCCUCGACGUCAGAUCUCUAACUAUUUUGUUCAGUUUCGCAAGAUUGCAAAUCAUCCAUUAUUAGUGAGGCGGAUUUACAAUGAUGAUGAUGUUGUUUGCUUUGCCAAAAGGUUACAUUCAAUGGGUGUUUAUGAAUGUACCUUGGGCAGAGUAGUUGAGGAAUUGAAGAAUUACAGUGACUUCUCCAUUCAUCAGCUUUUACUUCGUUAUGGAAUUACUGGUGGUAAAGGAACUCUUUCGGAUGAACAUGUUAUGCUUUCUGCUAAAUGCCAGACAUUAGCAGAGCUUCUCCCUUCACUCAAGAGAACUGGGCAUCGGGUUCUGAUUUUUAGCCAGUGGACGUCAAUGCUUGAUAUCUUAGAGUGGACUUUAGAUGUGAUUGGGGUUACAUAUAGACGGCUCGAUGGAAGCACUCAGGUGACUGAUAGGCAGACUAUAGUUGAUGAUUUCAAUAACGACACUUCUAUAUUUGCAUGCUUGUUGUCCACAAGAGCUGGAGGGCAGGGUUUGAAUUUAACAGGAGCUGAUACCGUAGUUAUUCAUGACAUGGAUUUUAAUCCACAGAUAGACCGACAGGCUGAAGAUCGCUGCCAUCGAAUUGGCCAAACAAGGCCAGUCACUAUAUACAGGUUGGUUACAAAAGAUACAGUUGACGAGAACGUUUAUGAGAUUGCAAAAAGGAAGUUGACUCUUGAUGCUGCGGUUCUAGAGUGUGGAAUGGAUGUAGGCAACGAAGAUGACACAUCCCAGAAAACGAUGGGACAGAUACUAUCCUCCCUACUUAUGAGCUAGAACAACAAAGACUGUCAUCAACUUUUGAGUUUUUAUACUUUUGCUGAUUCUUUAUGGUUGUAUCACUUAUCUUGAUCUAUUUUGGUUACAAAUUGC